CGGAAGGUGAAGAAAAAGAGUCCAUCGUUCCGUCUUUGCUCCAAUCACAAUCAAUGGGAGAAGUGGCUUCGCAGAUUCCGGCGAGUUUCGGCCACGAGCUCAGGGCUCGUCUUCGAUGCCGCCUCGUCAAAACCUACGAUCAGAUUAUGGAUUCUGGCUGCGAGAAUCGUCAUUUCUUCAAGAUAGAAGAGGUUCCUGAGCUCAUCGUCGAUGUUACCACCCUUAACUUCAACGGAUCGUCACCCACAACAGCAACCGAAGAGGAAAAUAAAACGAACUCUCUCUACUACUCGCUCCCGCUCUUGCUCGCGUUCCCAGAUUCUUCGAUCGGCGAAACCUUUAGUCAUCUAAAUCUCCGCAGAGCUGCUCUGCAGCAAUGGCUACUCUCGAGAAGGAUCUUAUGUUCUUGAUUCUUCAAUUUCUCGAUGAAAAGAAACACAAGGAACUUGUUCACAGAUUGGAAUCGGAGUCAGGUUGUUACUUCAACAUGCGUUACUUUGAAGAACUUGUGGCUCAAGGCAAGUGGGACGAAAUGGAGAAGUAUCUCUUUGGGUUCACCAAGAUUGGGGAUAACCAACAGUCCAUGAUGAUCUUCUUUGAAAUCCGAAAGCAUAAGUAUCUCGAAGCAUUAGAUAAGCGUGAUCAUGCUAAAGCCUUGGACAUAUUACGAAAGGAUCUGAAGGUGUUUGAAUUAGAAACUUAUAAUAAAGAUCUCUUCAAGGAAAUGUCCCUGCUUUUGACAAUGGAUGACUUUAGAGCCAAUCCGAAAAUCUCCACGUACGGGGAUACAACGUCGGAAAGGGGUAAUUUGUUCCGUGGAUUAGAAAAACUGAUAGUGGCUAAUCCACUUCUCCGCGACAAACUUCAGUUUCCUGUUUUGGGGACUUCAAGGCUGCGUACUCUAAUCGGGCAAAGUUUAAAGUGGCAGCAUCAUCUAUGUAAGAAUCCUAUGCCAAAUCCUGACAUCGACACUCUGUUUGUGGACCAUACUUGCGACCAACCGAUUGCUAUAUUUAAGCCUGUUCCAAGUGCAAGAAUCUCACCUGCUCUUUCAGAAUGGACAGAUACUUAUGCAUCUUCAGGUCCUAUAGGCUGGGGUUCCCCAAACAACCCAGCUGCUAUUUUAAUGGGCCCUCAGACUCCUUUUGGUCAUAUGGGAUAUCAAACUGCUGAUUCUAACAAUCCUUUGAAGAGGUCAAGGCCGUCUGGAACCUCACAGGAGGUGGGUAAUAUUUCGCCAGUUCCAUAUUCUGGCCAGCCCCAUGGACGUAAUACAAUAUCACUUGAUGAGUUUCCCAAGGUAGUUGUUACAACUCUUGCUCAGGGUUCACCUGUCACGAGCAUGGACUUCCAUCCAUUUCAGCAAAUUUUACUACUGGUUGGUACAAUUGGUGGUGAUGUUUUCCUGUGGGACGUGGUUGCUCGUCAAAUGAUUUCGGAGAAGGGAUUUGAAGUCUGGAAGCUUUAUGCUUGUUCAGACGAAUUGCAGGCAUCUUUUAACGAUGAUGAGAGGGCGUCGGUAAAUCAUGUGGCAUGGAGUCCUGACGGAUCUCUAAUUGGCGUGGCAUACUCAAAAAACAUCGUGCAUAUAUAUUCCUUUGAUGGGGGCAAUGACAUACGCAAUCAUCUGGAGAUUGAAGCUCAUACAGGAAGUGUUAACCAUCUUGCCUUUUCAUAUCCUAACGAACAACUAUCUGUUGUUACUUGUGGCGAUGACAGACUCAUUAAGGUUUGGGAUGCUUUUACUGGGGCUAGACGGUUUACUUUUGAGGGCCAUGAAGCUCCUGUGCUCUCUGUUUGUCCCGACCAGAAGAAAAUUAUUCAGGUUAUCUUGUCAACAGCAACUGAUGGAAAAAUAAAAGGUUGGUCUUAUGAUGAUGUGGGUGCGAGUGUUACCUAUGACGCACCUGGCCAUUCUUCGACCAGAAUGGCAUUCAGCAGUGAUAGAGCAAGGUUGUUUUCCUGUGGUACAAACAAAGAAGGAGAGUCAUUCUUAGUCGAGUGGAAGGACGGUAAAGGCUCCAUAAAAAGAACAUAUCAAGGCCUUGGACAACGUGCUGUAGGGAUUGUACAAUUUGACACAACCAAGAAUAGAUUCUUAGCUGCUGGCGAUGAGUCGACUAUCAAAAUUUGGGACAUGAACAACACAAAUCUUUUGAAAACUAUUCAUGCAGAUGGUGGAUUACCGGCUUCUCCUUGUGUUAGAUUUAAUAAGGAAGGAACACUUUUAGCUGUCUCAACCAGUAACCAUGGUGUUAGAAUUCUCGCUACUGAUGAUGGAUUAAAGUUUCUGAAAACAGCAGAAAAUCGCACGCUUGUCACUAAGGUUCCUGGAGGUGGAGGUGGUGGUUUUGGUUCUUCAAGUGCAAAUGCAGGAAUAACUAUGGCAGAUCAAUCUACCUCUUUUGCAGCUAUGAAGAAAAAUGAAGUGCGAACUCUGCCUCUUGGGAAGCCCAGAACCUCUAAUGUUUCAAAUGAAGGAUCUACAACCUGGAAAGUUACAGAGAUUACAGAGCCAUCUCAGUGCUAUUCCUUGAUUCUCCCCGACAAAGUGACAGACACGAAGGUUUCCAGAUUAAUAUACACAAAUUCUGGCUCUGGAGUAUUAGCCUUGGCAUCUAAUGCAGAGCACAAGUUGUGGAAAUGGCAGAAGAGCGAUCCUAAUUUGGAUGGAAAGGCAACGACUAAUGCACAUCCAGUAUUAUGGAGACCUAACAGUGGGAUUAUUAUGAUCAAUAAGACAAGUGAUACAAACCCGGAAGAGGCUAUUCCUUGUCUUGCCCUCUCAAAGAAUGACUCCUACCUUGUGUCAGCUUCAGGGAGGGAAAUCUCUUUGUUCAAGAUGGCGACCUUCGAGACUGCAGCGACGUACAUGUCUCCACCGCCUGCAGCAACAUUCCUUGCGUUUCUUCCUUCAGACUAUAAUAUCAUUGGCAUUGGCUUCAAGGAUUCAUCUAUCCGAAUCUACAAUCUUCAAACUGACGAGGGGAAAGCCAUAUUAUUGAAUGGUCAUACGAAAAGAAUAACAGGGCUUGCUUUCUCACUGGCUCUGAACAUUCUAGUUUCUUCGGGUGCUGAUUCACAGGUGUGCGUUUGGAGCAUGGCUGGAUGGGAGAAGCGAAGUAGUAUGUAUUUGAAUGCUCCAAAAGGAAGAUCAAUGCCGGCUGUCUCAGAUACUCGCGUGCAGUUCCAUCAAAAUGAGAUUCAUCUGUUGGUUGUCAAUGAAACGCAAAUAGCCAUUUACGAUGCUCAAAAACUUGAUUGCUUGAACACGUGGUUUCUACGCGAAGCGACUGGUCGAAGAAUCACAUCAGGUACAUAUUCAGGUGAUAGCAAGUCAAUCUUCGUGAGCUUUGAAGACGGUACUGUCAAUGUCCUCACUGCGUCAAAUCUCAGACUGAGAUGUCGGAUUAAUCCAACAGCCUAUUUGCCUUCGAACCCAAGCUCAAAUGUACAUCCGCUAGUGAUCGCAGCUCAUCCAACGGAGAUUGACCAGUUUGCAGUAGGGCUCAGUAAUGGGCAUGUCUGUGUGGUUGAACCAUCGGAAUCAGAAGGAAGAUGGGGAACCUCGCUCCAGGCUCCACCUGACAACUUUUAAAGUUUUUGUAUAGUCUCUGUGCUUUGUACAGAUAUGCGUUUUGUCUUUUUGAUUUAAUUUCAAAAGAUCUCAAACCUUUUA